AGACCUCCCACUUCAGCAAGCACUGUCUUCACCUUUGCAGUAGUACCAGCAGCUGAGUGUUUACAGGCUGGAAACGGUGGGGCAUGUCAAAGAGAACUGGACAUCCGGUGAGGGCUGGUUAUGGAGGCUGUAGAUUGUCUUCUCUGGGAAAGAGCAAACACCAGAAAGGCAGGUGGAAGGGAAGAGACUGCUGAGCUGUAAGAUGGCUACACAAAUAACUAAAGACUUGGCUACAGGUGGAUGCAGUUGUGGCCGGUGCAUAGGGAGUGGCCCUGGGCAGCAGAAGCCAGGCAAGCCAUAGGUGCUUCACUCCCAGAAGGAGGUGGACUUCAGGCUCCUGCCCAGCAGACCUACUUGGUGGCCAAGCCUCCAGGAGCAGCGGGAGUGACAGCACAGCCAGAACAGUGUGACUCCAGCCCACGCCCACCCAGGUGGGCAACAUGGGGAAGCCCAACCCGCUGCAGGACGGGAACGUCUGCUCGAGCCUGUUCUUCUGGUGGCUAACCCCCCUGUUGCGAGUUGGCUACAAGCGGAGGUUAGAGGAAGAUGACAUGUACUCGGUGCUUCCAGAAGAUCGCUCCGCGCGCCUUGGAGAAGAGCUGCAAGGGUACUGGGAUCGGGAAGUUUCGAGAGCUGAGAAAGAUGCACGGGAGCCUUCUUUAAUGAAAGCCAUCAUCAAGUGUUACUGGAAAUCCUAUUCAGUUUUGGGCGUUUUUACAUUUCUUGAGGAAGGCACCAGAAUAGUUCAGCCUGUCCUUUUGGGGAAAAUUAUUAGUUAUUUGGAAUACUAUGAUCCCAGUGAUUCUGCCGCCUUCCACGAAGCCUUGGCCUACGCCGCAGGGCUGAGCGUCUGCGUGCUCACCUGGGCCUUUCUGCACCACUUGUACUUCUAUCACAUUCAGCGUGUGGGGAUGAGGCUGAGGGUAGCCGUGUGCCACAUGAUUUACCGCAAGGCACUUUGCCUGAGCAACUUGGCCACAAGGGAGACCAGCACCGGCCAGAUAGUCAAUCUGCUGUCCAAUGACGUGAACAGGUUUGACCAGGUGACGAUGUUGCUGCACUUUCUGUGGGUGGGGCCUCUGCAGGCUGUCGCGGUGACCGCCCUGCUCUGGAUGGAAGUAGGAAUAUCAUGUCUUGCGGGGAUGGCGGUUCUAAUUCUUCUCCUGCUUUUGCAAACCUGCAUCGGGAAGUUGUUUUCAUCACUCCGGAGUAAGACUGCAGCUUACACAGAUGACAGGAUCAGGACCGUGAGUGAAGUUAUAACUGGCAUCAGAACAGUAAAAAUGUACACUUGGGAAAAGUCAUUUGCAGAUCUUAUUGCCAGAUUGAGAAGGAAGGAAGGUUCCAAGAUUCUGAGAAGUUCCUACCUUAGAGGACUGAAUUUGGCAUCAUUUUUCGCUGUGAGCAAAAUCAUGAUUUUUGUCACCUUCAUCACCAGUGAAGUCCUUGGCAACGUGAUCACAGCCAGCCAAGUGUUUGUGGUGGUGACACUGUUCGAGGCUCUGCGGUUGACGGGCACCCUCCACUUCCCCAUGGCCGUCGAGAAGGUGUCCGAGGCGGUCGUCAGCAUCCGAAGAGUCAAGAACUUUCUGUUACUCGAUGAGGUAUCAGAGCGCAACUCUCAGCUGCCAUCAGAUGGUGAAACGAUAGUACAGUUGCAAGAUUUCACUGCUUUUUGGGACAAGGCCUCAGGAAUUCCAACCCUCCAAGGCCUUUCCUUUACUGUGAGACCCGGGGAACUGUUAGCUGUGGUCGGACCUGUGGGAGCAGGAAAGUCGUCACUGUUGAGUGCGGUGCUGGGGGAGCUGCCCCCGAGUCAGGGGCAGGUCACCGUGUGCGGGAGGAUCGCAUAUGUUCCUCAGCAGCCCUGGCUGUUUCCAGGAACCGUGAGGAGUAAUAUUUUAUUUGGGAAGAAAUAUGAAAAAGACCGAUAUGAAAAAGUACUAAAGGCUUGUGCUCUGGAAAAGGAUUUGCAGCUUUUGGUUGGCGGGGAUCUAACUGUGGUUGGAGACCGGGGAACCCCGCUGAGCGCAGGGCAGAAAGCCCGCAUCAGCCUCGCAAGAGCCGUGUAUCAGGACGCGGACAUCUACCUCCUGGACGACCCGCUCAGCGCUGUUGAUGCAGGGGUCAGCAAGCACCUGUUUGGACAGUGUAUUUGCCAAGCCUUGCACGAGAAGAUCACAAUCUUAGUGACCCAUCAGCUGCAGUACCUAAAGGAUGCAAGUCAGAUUCUGAUAUUGAAAGAUGGCAAAAUUAUGAAAAAGGGGACUUUUGCCGAGUUUCCAAAACCUGGGGUAGAUUUUGAAGAUAUCCUUUUAAAGACGAAUGAGGAGGCUGAACCAUCUCGAGUUCCAGACUCUCCCACUCUGAGGGGUCAGCCCUCCGAAUCUUCUGUUCAGCCUCAAGAGUCUCCCAGACCCUCGCUGGAAGAUGCUGCCCCUGAGGACCAAGAUACUGAGACUAUACAGGUUGCCCUGUCACUGGAAAGCCGUUCAGAGGGAAAAGUUGAUUUUAAGACCUACAAGGAUUACUUCACAGCUGGUGCUCACUGGAAUAUCAUCAUUUUGCUUAUUCUCGUAAACACCGCAGCUCAGGUGUCCUACGUCCUUCAGGAUUGGUGGCUCUCAUCCUGGGCAAAUGAACUGAGUACUGUGUAUGCCAUGACAUAUGGAAAAGGAAGUGUAAUCUUGUUACCUGAUCCUGGCUGGUACUUUACACCUUAUUCAGUUCUCACUGCAGGUACGGUGCUAUUUGGCAUCUCGAGGUCUCUGUUGAUGUUCUACGUCCUUGUUAAUUCUUCACAAACUCUGCACAAGCAAAUGUUGGAGUCCGUUUUGAGAGCUCCGGUAUUGUUCUUCGAUAGAAAUCCAACAGGAAGGAUUUUAAAUCGUUUCUCCAAAGACACUGGGCAUAUGGAUGACUUGCUGCCCCAGAUCUUUCAAGAUUUCGUGCAGGUCAGCCCAACCCUAAGGCAAAGACAUUCAGAGGCCCUGUCCCAGCCGAGGGGAAUCAGGAGUGUGGACGCCAUCACGUGCUCUGACUCAUCCCUCCCAGAUCUGUGGCCUGUCCAGUCACAUUGUGGUUCGUGGCUAAACUGGAGCCGUUCGCCUUCCAGAGGAGGAAGGCAGGCAGCAUGAAGAAAAUCUGCUUGUGUGGUGCGCUUCCACCUGACAACCAUGUGUGAGGUCAGUGCUGUGAGAGUGGUGGAGCCGGGCCCGCGGUCUCCCUUUCCAGGCUUGAGUCCUGGCUCCCCCCUUCCUGCCUCCCCCCCACAAAGCCGCACUUUCCUUCUCUGUAAAGUAGGGAAAUAAGACCAACUUCAUGAGGGUCGUUGGGAAGACACAAUGAAGUCCUGGUAAUAAAACUCUUAGUGUAACAUCUAAGUGCAUGUUGAGCACUCAGUAAUGGGCAGUUACAUUUAAAAAAAACCAUAUGUCUUUUUAAGUGGGAGAAAUGGACUUAUAAUGGCAUGGUGUUGCAUUGAAGUUAUUGUUACAGGCAGUUUCCAGGGACAUAAUAUCACCUCAUGAAUUUGUAUUAUAGGUUUGUAAUGCUUGAAGAUGUUAGUGGACACUUUCUCAUAUAGACUCACAGAAUAAAAAUCAAUUAUUUUCCAAAAUAGA